UGUCACAUUUACUGUCAAAUAAUUCGCGAGUGGUGUCUGUUAUUGUUGUGCGGAAGUUGAUAUUUUUCGCGAAAAUGCCGAAGGGAAGUACGUUUUUGGAGUCCGAUCCCACAAUUUUGGAGAAUAAUCUUCGAUUUGUGAAAAAUGAAGUGGAAGAGGAACUUGAUCAAUUAUUCGGGAACGUUGCUGGGAAACAAAUUGGAAUUGAUGUCGACUCGAAGGUUGUCACGCCGAAACCAGGUCUCUGUAUCAAAUGUUUCAAAGUGAAUACAAACGAGAAGUUCUUCAUCAAUAUUUGCCAAACCGAUGCGAUACCAUCCCCUGAAAACAUCACCGAAGAUGAAUUAAAUAAAAUACUUAAUUCUGACGAGCCAAGUUCAUAUCGUAUUCCCAUGAGUAUUAGCGAACCUCGAACUACAAAAGAUAAAUCAGGAAAUCCAGCCGAUGCCUGCGAUAUUGCAAUAAAUCCGGAAUUCUUUAGAAAAUGCGAAGUAGAAAUUUUCUUUCGUGAUUUUCUAGUAGCUGUUAUUCUCGAAGGCCUUAGCGAAAAAUAUAAUAUACAAAUUAAAGCUGAUAAUUGGAUAGUAUUGAGAAAUCGUAAAUUUAUAGGACAACUGGUUCCCCAUCGUGUGCAAAAUCGUGAUGUUAAAACUGUAUAUGAUAGCUAUAAGAAUCCAAACGCAACACAGAAGAGAAUGAUUGAAGAGUUGACAACGGGUAACGCUAAAAGCAAGAAGCUAAUUGAAGAAAUUAAUCCGAGGGAAUUGAAAGCUAUGAAAGAAGUCAAGAAGCAGUAUCCCAAUUCGCCUCGAACUCCUGAGGAAAUUAAGCAAUCGAUUGCUCAAGCGAAUUCAAUUGUUCCUCGACAUAAAUUUAUUGGAAAAGUAAGGGGAUCGGAUGUUGUAGAAAUCAUUGCUGAGUUCUUUUUGCCAAAAUGCAUUACUGCCGAAGAAAUCAUACUUGACAUUGGUGAAGAUCGCGUACUAAUAGAAUGCAUGAAGCACGGAUAUCUCUUCGAUAAAUUUGUCGACUACAGCAUCGAUCAAGAUAAUGUGGUGGCUAAAUUUAAUAAGGCAACAAAGAUGUUGAACAUUCGAAUGCCGGUUGCUAAGACAGAACCAUAUUCCAGCUAAAUGUCUAUCUAAUUAUUUUGAGAAGGUGUACAUAGGUUAUGAUUUUUUGUUUCAAUUUAGUGGGUAAUGAAAUAAAUAAAUGUACCGUAAAGAAAA